CCCGUUCCCGACCGUUUAAACCCUCAUGCUUGAUUAGCCGACAAAAAUCGCAGAACCAAGGAAGAACGGAAAAUAUUCUCCAAACAUUUAAUAUUUAAACUCAUAAAAUAAAUAAAUCUCCAAAAAACUAUCACUCUCCUCACUUCUUCUCACUCUACAGCAACGGUCCACCGUACACCGUCACUCCCACUUUUUGUAGACCAAUUUCUCUCUCUCUCUCUCUAAACUCGCUUUGAUUUCACACUUAGGGUUUCGGCAUUAUCAUGUGAAACCCUAGCUCGCCCAGGGCUAGUUAGGGUUUUGGCGAGAUCCGUGCAGAGCUACCGACAGAGGGCGUUGCAAUGGGAAAUUGCUGCAGAUCUCCGGCCGCUGUCGCCAGAGAGGACGUGAAAUCGAACUUUUCCGGGCACGAUCACGGCCGGAGGGACUCCAACGCCGGGAAGAAGGCUCCGACGACGGUGUUGACUGGCGUGCCGAAGGAGAAUAUAGAGGAGAAGUAUUUGGUGGAUCGGGAGCUCGGCCGGGGGGAGUUCGGCGUUACUUACCUCUGUAUUGACCGCCAUAGUCGUGAGCUCUUGGCCUGCAAGAGCAUUUCGAAGCGGAAGCUCAGGACUGCCGUGGACGUCGAGGAUGUGCGGCGCGAGGUGGCGAUAAUGCAGCACUUGCCGAAGAAUUCGAGCAUUGUGAGCUUGAAGGAGGCUUGCGAGGACGAGAACGCCGUGCAUUUGGUGAUGGAGUUGUGCGAGGGCGGUGAGCUCUUUGAUCGGAUUGUGGCGAGGGGGCAUUAUACGGAGCGGGCUGCGGCGGCCGUAACCAGGACCAUUGUUGAGGUUGUGCAGCUCUGCCACAAGCAUGGAGUGAUUCAUAGGGACUUGAAGCCAGAGAACUUUUUGUUCGCCAACAAGAAGGAGAAUUCGCCUCUCAAGGCCAUUGAUUUCGGCUUGUCUAUAUUCUUCAAACCAGGUGAGAGGUUCUCAGAAAUUGUUGGAAGUCCAUACUACAUGGCUCCUGAGGUGCUCAAGAGGAAUUACGGGCCAGAAAUAGAUAUAUGGAGUGCAGGAGUUAUACUGUAUAUUUUGUUGUGUGGGGUGCCCCCUUUUUGGGCUGAGUCUGAACAAGGGGUUGCACAGGCAAUUCUACGUGGGCUGAUAGAUUUCAAGCGUGAUCCAUGGCCCAAUAUUUCGGAGAGUGCCAAGAGUUUAGUUAGGCAAAUGUUGGAGCCAGACCCAAAGCUACGAUUGACUGCGAAGCAAGUUCUUGAGCAUCCUUGGCUCCAAAAUGCUAAGAAAGCACCGAACAUUCCCCUUGGAGAUGUUGUCAAGUCAAGGCUCAAGCAGUUUUCAAUGAUGAACAGAUUCAAAAGAAAGGCCUUGAGGGUUAUUGCAGAUUUCUUUUCCGUUGAUGAAGUUGAAGACAGUAAGGAGAUGUUUAAGAAGAUAGACACUGAUAAUGAUGGAAUUGUUUCAAUUGAAGAAUUGAAAUCUGGACUUCGGAAUUUUGGAUCCCAGCUUGCCGAUUCUGACAUUCAGUUGCUUAUUGAAGCAGUUGAUACUAAUGGGAAGGGUACUCUGGACUGUGGAGAAUUUAUUGCCGUUACCCUCCACCUACAGAGAAUGGCAAAUGAUGAGCAUCUUCACAAGGCAUUUUCCUACUUUGAUAAGAAUAACAACGGCUAUAUUGAACCAGACGAGCUCAGGGAUGCAUUGAUGGAAGAUGGGGCGGAUGAUUGUACAGAUGUAGCAAAUGACAUAUUCCAAGAAGUGGACACAGACAAGGAUGGGCGUAUCAGCUAUGAAGAAUUUGUCGCCAUGAUGAAAACCGGGACAGAUUGGAGAAAGGCUUCUCGUCAUUACUCAAGAGGGAGAUUCAACAGUCUAAGCAUAAAGCUGAUGAAGGAUGGUUCCAUAAAUUUGGGGAAUGAGUGAAAGCAUAGACAAGUUUGGUAAUUGGAUUGUUGAUGCAAAAGAAGUAAUUCGGUCUUUUCAACACAUCAGCGAAGUCAUUCGGUCUUUUCGGCACAUCAGCUUCUUUGCUUUCAUUUGUGGUUAUUGUAAGGGUCCCUUGAUUGAGACGGGGCUCCUUUUUGCUUGGGUGCCAUACAAGUUGGAUCAUGGAGGGGGGAUGGGUACGUUCGUUUGUCCCUGCAAUCGUCUAAUGGUGUAAAAACACAGUACCUCGUAGCAACGACACAGCAUGUAUGUAUGGUUUUUCUCUGUUAAUCUUGUACGCUCCAACGUUUUGUAGCUGUAUUUUGCUUGAUCAUAUUGGAUUGAACUACAUCA